AUGGAUCCAUUUGAAGCAAGUACGCAGUUUUCUCAGAUUCUUAGGUCUUUGACUCCUUCAAUUCAAAACUUAACCAGAGCUGCACAUUUUGCAUUAAAGAAUUAUCAAGCUGAAGAUUAUCUUUCACAUUCUAUCUUGGAGGUUGUUCAAGACCCUAAAAUUGAUCUUAAUACCAAAUCAACCAUAUUUCAAUUUAUAGAGGUACUUGUGCAUGAACUGAGAGUUAUAUCUGAACAACCCAAGUCCCCAUAUAAUUAUCCAUAUGUAACUGUACUCAAGGAAUCUCUUCCUAAAGUUUUACUUCAAACAUUACCUGGUUCAAAUUGCUCAUCAUUGUACAAUGUUUAUUGUAGUCUCAAGAAUAUUUCACGUACUUUGAGCUUUUCAUAUGACGAAUUAGAUGUUCAAUUCAACUCUAUUCCUGAAACUUUCACUGUGGAUGAUGUUCAAAAUAUUGCCGCAAACAUUGCCUUCCCUGAAGUAACUGAAGAUGAAGAACCAGAAACUCAAGAUAGAUUGGUCACUUGUUGGAAACUCUUGAUUAAGAAAAAGAAGCAAAGUCAAUAUGAAAGAUUAAGACAACUUGAACAUAAGCCAAUGGUGACAGAAAAAGCCGUAGACGAAGAAGAAAUGUUUAAUCUUCGUAUGAGCAGACAAGACCAAGCACUUGUGGAUGGCCAACCACUGCCACAACCUAACCUUUUAUCAAAAAGACAAAUACUUGCCCGUAUGGAAGACGAUAGAGAAACACACAAAAGAUCCAAGGAAACUCUAUGGGUAGUUAACAGACCAAGAGAGGCCAAUGCAAUUACAGAAGAUGAAUUUCUCACUAGUUAUUGGAAUAAGCAAACUGUGUUAAGUCCUGAGGAAGAUCAAGUGUUCUUGAAUGAACUCGAAGAAUUGAAUAGCUUGGUUGCUCUUAGUUAUAAGGAUAGUCAAGUGUAG